CAGUCUAAUAGAGACCUAGGAGCAGUGAAGUAUUGCCAUUAUGGGCCACCACGCGAGAAUCAAGGAUCUGAUCACAGCAGAACGAGUUGCCAUAUUUUUUGGUCUUCUUUCCACCUGUUUAAUCGUGGCUCUUGUGAUAGUCAUAGUUCACACGGAUAACUUGUGGUCAGAACUGGAGGAGGCCAAACGCAAAUUGGACGUUCUAGAGGAUUAUAUACAAAAACAAUUACCAACUGGCACACCCACUAGAUACGUUUAA